UCCUUCCCUUCUCUGUCUCUCUUCCAUGGCUUCUCUCUCAGAAUCCAGUCUAAUUUCCAAACUAGAAUCCUCUACUUCUACUCCCAUCUCCUCUUUCUUUUUCGAUUACCUUAACCCUUUCUCUGAUCUCAAAAAUCCCAAAAAAUGCAAACCCCAAAACAAAACCCAAGUCCAGACCCAGACCCGAUCUCUAGCCAAGCAGUUCCUUCCAUUUCUCAAUCGCAGCCUUUCAGUUUUACCAAAACGCCUCUCCGAUGCCUCAAAAUUACCCUCCCAGGACAGUAAGGAAAUCCCAAAAUUUGUUAAUGAACUAUUCGAUAUCUACAGUUUGUGUUUAGAUUGUUUGGAAGUUGUAUCUUCACAGCUUUCAGGAAAACCUUACAUGAUGAGUGUACAGAGGUUAAGGUUAGUGUAUUGCUUGGAGACUUGGGGAUUGUAUAAAGAAGCAGAAAAUGAAGGGUUUAGAGUUUUGGGGAGACUUAGAGAUUUGGGUUUCGAGGAAAAGAAGAAGAAGGAAAAAAAGUCAGGGAAGCUCCUGCCAAGCGCAGCGGAGAAUGGAGAUCUGGAGUUCGCGAAGUUGGUAGUUGAGUUGGUAGUGGUCAUUGUUAAGUGUUUGGCAUUGGGGCAGAGUAUGGAUGGAAGGGAUUAUAUGAGAGUUAUUGGGUUGGUGGAGGAGGUUACACCAUGGUUCAGGGUGUUAGAUGCCAAUGCAUGUGAGAAGUUGCAUAGGGUGCUUGUAACAUACCUUGGCAAAUGCACUCUGUUUUUGGUUGGGGAUUUAACAAAUUUUGAUGGAGAUGUAGUCCAUGCUUUCUGUGUGACAACAUUGGAUGAGUAUGCCAAGUCAUCCUUGAAAGAUCAAAUCUACAAGUAUUCCCGCCGGAUCUGUUCCUCUCUCUUCUUGCUUCAAGAUGAUAGGCCUUCAGUUGUCAUUGACACGUUAAAAUGUGUGUUGGACUCCCUUGCCUGUAAGUGCAAGGUUGAAGGACAAAAUUGGGGAAUAGAAUUUGUUGAACUUGUCUCUUAUUGUGCCAAUAAAUGUCGAACUGCAAGUGCAAUAUUUGGUAGUACUGUUGCAGAACAUCUGAAUGACCUAGCUGAUGAUUUCUGUCCGGUUUUGACACCACUGGAUAUGAUUCUCAGGCUUUAUGCUAUUGGAUUGACCUUAACUGAUUGUGUUAUUAAGUCCAAAAUUGGUGACAUCACAUCCUCCAAAGGUGCAAAGAAUGAAUCCGCUGUUAGUAUUUUAAUUGCUGAUGGAGUUAGGCUUUGCAAUUUAACACCUCUGCUUGGUUCUUUGCGAAGUUACUUUGAUGUUGGAAUUAGUGAGAACUGUGUUCCAGGUGGUGUUGAAUUCAAGGGUUCUGCUGGUCUAUUGUGUUCACAGUUGGAUUUUCAUCAUGGGACCUCUUUAGGUUGCAUACAGAAGGAUAGAAAUGUUUAUCUGCUGGGCUACUUAAAUGCAUUGAAGUUCUUAUGCCAGCCACUUGCUGAACUAGUAAACUUGGAUAAAAAACAAAUUAUUGCUGAAGACAUUGUAGCAUCUGUUUCUACUUUGUUGUUAAACAUCCAAGAAGCAUUUGAUCAGUUUUUUGAUGUUUUCCUAUCUUUGCACAGUACAGCAUCUCAAAAAGAGGGAGAUGAUUUUAAUGAGCACAAGAUUAUUCUUAGCAUUUCUGUUGCUGCCUUUACUCUCUCCAUCAGAACAAAGCAUAAAUUCCAGAGGAAUGUUCAGCUGAUUAAGCAAAUCAUUGCCGCAGAAUGGAUUCAAACCCAGGGGCUGAAAUAUAUAUUUGCCUCUCUUUACAAUCUCGGUGUACAUUUAUACAGAAAUAAGCAAGAAAAUGAGGCUUCAAAGGCAUUAAAAUUAUCUUGCACAGCAUCCUGGUCUUAUGUCACGCGUCUAUGUAAAAUGUUUAUGUCCAAGUCCAAAGGGUUAAUUGGUGAUCAUUCUGAAGAUGCUAUUAUAGAUUUUGUUACAGAGACAUGUACACGAACUGCUUUUCUUUUGGAUAUUCUUUAUCAAUGUGGCAGUCACAAAGUGAAAAAGAUAAUUGUCAAUAGUCUUGAAAAUUGGUCCGUUGCUGAAGAUUUAUUUAGAAGAUUACCAGCUCCUAUGACUUUGGUGAAACAAUGGGUGAAGAUAGUAUGCAAAAAGAAUAAGAACUUGGAAGUGGAUGAUAGUGCUCCAACAUUAUAUUAUUUGCUGUCAUCUUCUGUGAAAUUGUCAAAAGGGAUUAGCAAAAUUUUGCAGCAGGAGCUUCUCGCAUAUGAAGAAAUGGAAAUCAUGUAUCCUGAACUGUGCCAGAGAAUGCAAAAUGAAAUAAUAGAUAUUAUCUUGCAAAAUGUAUACGUCACACAAGAUAGUUAUUUAGAGAGAGCAAGAAUUUUAAUUAGAAAAGGACGAGCAUUAAGGACCCACGGGUUUGAAGGUUCAGAGGACUGUGUUCAGUGUUUGUCGGAAGCCAUAUCUAUAAUCAAUGGUGAAAAACGUAGCCUAGGAGCUCCAUCCUGCCAUCAAUUAGCUGUGGCAUAUUGCCUGCGAGCACUGUGCAUCCAGGAGGCUGAACCAACCUCAAAGCAGCAAGUAUUUCAAGAUAUCAAAGCUGCCAUAAACAUAUGGUUGGGCAUUUCAAUUUCAGAUGGUAGCAGUAUAUUGACUGAUAGCGUGCUGCCAUUGCUGUAUAACAUAGUUGAUUUAUUCUCAGUGAAGGGCUCCACAGAGUUUCAUCAUGACAUAUAUAAGCUGAUUAUCAGAUUAUUUGAACAAAAAGAAUUGCCACUAGAGAAGUUCUUGCCAAUAUUGUGGGAGAGUAGAAGACUUAGUCAUGCUCUUUGUGUUUCGCCUGUAUCUGAUGAAUUGCUUUUGAACUUAUCAAGAGAUUAUGGCGAACAAUUCAAGUCUGCUGGAUUUUGGAUGGAUUGUCUAAAGGGGUUCCCACAUUCAUUAGUUGGCUUUCAACAAAAUUUUUCCUAUUUAUUUUCAAGUGUUCCCUGUGGCUCAUGUAAUCAUGAAACUUCUUUUCAAUUGGCUAUCACAGUUGACGAUGUUAAACAGGCUGUUCAUGAACUCAUUUCAAGGGUACCCAUGACCAGUUGUUCUGUUUUCUUCGCUGGGAACCUUUACUACGAUUUAUCUGAAAAGCUCACUGCAACUGGGCAUUUAUUUGAGGCUCUUUAUUAUGCAAAAGAGGCUCAUCGUUUGCGUACUAAACUCUUCCAAGAGAAAUUCACAUACUCUGUUGACCAGCAAAAUGAGAAGCACAUCGAAUAUAGGGAUCAUUCUCAAAAGCCUACAUAUGGUCUUUGCAAUCUACGUCUGAACAAAUCAAUUGUUAGUGAAAUGUGGUAUUCUGAUAGUAAUUUGUCUGAUUUGGAUGCCUGUUAUCUUAGUCCAUGGAAAGUGCUCCAAUGUUAUCUUGAAAGCACCCUUCAGGUUGGAAGUAUCCAUGAAAGGCUUGGAAAUGGAAGUGAGGCUGAAGCCUUUUUACUUUGGGGGAAAGGCAUUUCCUGCCAACAAAGUCUGUCACUGUUUAUAGUCGCCUUCUCUUCUGUUUUAGGAAAACUAUAUCGUACAAAAAGAUGUUGGGAUCUGUCAGAAAAGGAAAUUCAAAAUGCCAAACAAAUUUUGGCACAUAGUUCCUCUGCUUUUUCUUGCUUAAAGUGCAGAUUAAUUCUGGAAGUCACUGUUGAUCAGCAACUUGCUGAUUUAUUUCGAAAUCGUAUUUUUGAUGCUACAAGGAUUGUUUCAAUGGAGAUGUUAUCUCUUGCUGAAAGUUUGUAUAAGUCAUCACUUGAAAAACUGAAUCUUCCUGUGUGGAAAAACCCUGUUAGUUGUCCCAAAGAAGAGGACGGAAUUAGAAAUAUAUUUGCUUGUUCUGAUGUGGCUCAGCCAAAAAAGUUGGAUUUUGCUUCUACAAGGUCAGGACCAAAUGCAAAGGGGAAAGGCAGAAAGUGUAGACAGACCAAGGAUACUGCAAGAUCCUUAUUAAAGGAGCAAACUUCUGCAACUGAACAUAAUAUGAGGCUAACUCGUUCUAGGUAUCGUUCUUCUAAAAACCAAAAUGCCAACAGUUUUGAGGUUCAACUUGGCCUUUCAAAACAAUUCAAUGAGAACAAUGAGUGUGAUUUAUUCAAUAAUAUCAACCAAAGGGAGACGUUCUCAGAAAUGAAUAGCGGCAUGGCUGAUUUUGGGUCUGAAGUUGCUUGCAUUUGUAACAAAAUGAAGUGCUGGUUUUGUCUUGCCAAGGAUGUUAAAGACUCAGGAUCACUGAUCAAUUUCAUAUAUAUGAAAUGCGAGCUUGUCCGCAGACGACUCUUCCUGAGGUUACUCAGUGGCAGAGGAAAAUGCCUUGAUAUUCAUGGUCAAAUCCAUGAAGUCCAUGAAAUUAUUCUGCAAAGUAUCUCUGUUGCAGUAAGCCAAAAUUCAUUCACCCAAACUUAUUCUACAGUUUCUCUCACUUUUUUGCUUGAUUUGGUUGAGAGAGAGCUAUGCGGCGAUGUAUUUGCUAUUGAGCGUGCUGCUUUACUUUACAACUUAUGCUGGUUCUUUUUGAAGAGUUACAGUUCAAAAGACAGCAGGAGCAUUUGCUGCGAUCUGUCCCACAUUCAGUUCCAGAAGAUAGUUUCUUGCUUGAAGCUAGCCUUUGUGCUCUCCCGUGAAGUUCCUUUACUUUUUCAGAAGGUUUCCAGAUUGCUUUCUGUUAUUUAUGUUCUUUCUUCCUCAAGUGAGCUUUUUUCUUUGCCAUCUUGUGGCAAAGUGCUCUCUGAAAGUCACUGGGCUUCCUAUUUUCAUCAAGCUUCACUUGGUACUCAUCUUACUUAUCAGUUCUUUACAAGCAUCACAGGGAAACAUAAAGCUGAAAGGCUCAUAGCUAAUCAGGCUUUACUAAAUUCUGGCGCAACAAACAAAGAAGCAGAAACAUGUAACUCGCCAAGGCUUGCACCCAAGUCUCUUCAAUUUCUGGAACAAUUUGUGACAGAAUUUUUUUUGAACCUUCCUUGCACGACAGUCAUUUGCAUAAGUUUGAUUGAAGGUCCUUGUGCAACUUUAUUACAAGAACUUCUGAAGUAUCCUUCAUGCGUCCAUACAUGGAUGCUGUUGUCACGUUUGAAUUUUAAGAACCAACCUAUUGUGAUGCUUUUGCCAUUGAAUGCAAUUUUAGAAGAAGCUUCAGAUGAUGAUGAAGACUUUUCAGAGAGAAAUGGCUUGGAUAAACAUUGGCAUUGUCCCUGGGGUGUCACUGUCAUUGAUGAAGUUGCACCUGCAUUUAAACUUAUAUUGGAGGAGAAUUACUUAUCCUCAUCGAUAUUUCCUUUAGAGGACACCAAAGAAAAUAGAACUUUAUGGUGGAUGACGAGAAAGAAGCUAGAUUGUCAACUUGGUAAAUUGUUGAGGAAAUUAGAAGAUAUAUGGUUCGGUUCUUUGAGGCAUGUGCUUCUAGGAGAAUUAUCCAAUCACAACCACCUAGACUCAGUGCUGAAGAAGCUGAAGUGCAAUCUUAAAUCCAAAUGCAAAGUGGAUAUAAAUGAAAGUUUUCUCAAAGUUACUCUUGGAGCUGGAAGAUGUGCAUUAGAUGGAGAAGUAUGUGUUUCUGACUUGUUAUCGUUGAGAAAAGGUUGCUUCAUUGGGAAAGCUCUAUAUUCUGAUGGAAAAACUCAUGAGGACAACAAAUCUGAAGGAGUUCGGAAACUGCCUGACUUGGCCAUCCAACUGCUCUCUGAGGCUGUGAAUGAACUUGAAGAGGACUCUGUUAACAGAGAACCUGUAAUUUUGGUGUUGGAUAGUGAAGUGCAGAUGCUUCCAUGGGAGAAUCUGCCAGUUCUUAGAAACCAGGAGGUCUAUCGAAUGCCUUCUGUUGGCAGCAUCUGUCUGACACUUGAUAGAAGCUGCAACCAUCAAGAGCAAAUAGGAAGGAUAGUUUCUGCUUUCCCUGUCAUAGAUCCGUUGGAUGCAUUUUACUUAUUGAAUCCCAGCGGUGAUCUAAGCAGCACCCAGGUUGAGUUUGAGAACUGGUUUAGAGAUCAAAACUUUGAGGGGAAGGCUGGAUGUGCUCCUACUGCUGAAGAAUUGACUUUAGCCCUAAAAAGUCAUGAUCUGUUCUUGUAUUUUGGCCAUGGAAGCGGAGCUCAAUACAUUUCUCAGCAAGAGAUUCAGAAGCUGAAAAAUUGCGCUGCUACCCUUCUGAUGGGAUGCAGUAGCGGUGCGUUGUCAUUAAAUGGCUCUUACAUUCCACAAGGUACUCCCCUGUCCUAUCUUCUAGCUGGCUCUCCCAUCAUUGUUGCAAAUCUCUGGGAAGUCACAGACAAAGAUAUUGAUCGGUUCGGGAAGGCAAUGCUUGAUGCCUGGUUGAAGGAAAGAUCUAGUGAUUGUUCCCAAUGCAAUUUACUAACAAAAGAAUUUGAGGCCAUGAACUUGAAGGGACAGAAAGUUACUACUAGGAAGAAGGCACAAACAAGAAAAGAAUCUGAAACUUGUGAUAGUGAGUCCUUAAAGAAUUGUUGUAAUCAUAGAGCCAGGAUUGGAUCAUUUAUGAGUCAAGCUCGGGAAGCUUGCACACUCCCUUUUCUGAUUGGAGCAUCUCCAGUUUGUUAUGGUGUUCCUACAGGUAUAAGGAGGAAGAAGGAUUUGUAGCAUUAUUAUUUGGCCAUAUUGACUUGGAUUUAUUUUUGAGGUCCUUUGACAACAUUAACAGCACAACUGUACCAGAAAAUUUAGCUGACAUCCACUGAUAGGUCUUUUUAUGUGAGAUUGCAAUGUUCCUCAAUCAUUCCUUCUGUAAUACGGAUGUACAUUUUCGACAAGUGUAUGUCUUCUUUCUCUGUCGUGGCAAGCUGAAGAAUGUACGCCUUGUAUAUACUAUUGAAUAAUCUAAAAUUCAAUCUGAAUUCUAGCAGAAUCUUUCAAUUUUAGUAUUGA